AUGGCGAACUUGGCGACGGACCUCCUCCGCACCACCACGCGCGCCUUCUACCCCACCGAGCACAUCCUCGUCAUCGACGCCCUCAUCCGCCACUCCACCCUGCCGGACAUCGACCUCGCGCACCUCCUCAGCAUGCAGCCCAAGUACCUGCGCAAACUCUGCGGCCGCCUGCGCGAAGACGGCCUCCUCUCCGUUCAGACCCGACAAGAAAAGCGGACGGACGGCAGCGGCAGCUUCUUCCCCUCCACCUUCCCCAGCAGCCAGCAAGGGAAAGAACGCAUGACGAACCGGGACUGGUACUACAUCAACUACCACCACGCCAUCGACAGCAUCAAGUACCGCAUGCACAAGAUGUUGCGCCAUUUUUCCGCUUUGGGGAUGCCGACGACCGAGAAGAAAGACCACAGUUGUCCGCAAUGCAAAGGCCAAUGGACCGACUUGGAGGUCGCAUUUCGCGGGUUCAUGUGUCCCCGCUGCGGCCACCCCGUCGACCCAAUCGAGGAAGACGAGCGCGUGACCGAGAACGAAAGUGUGCGCCGCCUCAACUCCCAACUCGAGUCCAUCCGCAGAUUGAUGGAGCAAAUCGACAGCACGACCGUCCCCGAAAACGACUUCCAAUCCGCACUGACCCGCCAACUCCCCAUCCAACGCACCGAUGCCGCCCCAGCACAACGCACAGAAGUCGUCGAUCUACCCAACAAAAAUCUACAAAGUAGCCGCGGCCUCGACCUCAAGCCGGAGAAAAUCGCCGUCUCCCUCUCCACAGACGAGGACGCGGCGAAGAAAGCUGCCCUCGAUGCGGGCGAGCGAGCGAGGAAAGAGAAAGAAGCGGAGCAGAAUGCUUUGCCGGAUUGGAUUGCGAAAUCAACGGUC